AAUUUUCGGCCCUGGUACGGUCGGACACUGCUUCUAGGUUAUCAACACUGAUAAUCAUAUACAUCAAUGGGCAAGACAUACUAUUGCGACUAUUGUGACAGAUCUUUCAAAGAUGAUGUCGAAGCUCGUAAAAAGCAUCUAUCCAGUAUGCAGCACAUGACAAAUCGAGCGAGUCAUUACAGCACAUUUAAAGACCCAGAAACGAUAUUAAAGGAAGAAUACUGCAAAACUCCAUGUAAACGCUAUUUGACCAUUGGAGAUUGUGCGUUUGGUUCUGGUUGUCGAUUUUCACAUUACACACCACCAAUGAUAUGGGAACUUCAACAGCUUGCUGAGAUGAAAAAAUCCAAAGUCUCAACAGCUCAACCUAGGGAUGGUUGGCCAAAUUCAGAAGAUAUUAUCAAGGAAUAUUUUGAGAAUGUAAUCGACUCGAGCGACACCGAGGAUCUUAAUCAUUUAAUGUGGAACACACCGUCAAAAUUAAUCGAUUAUCCUUAUUUACCACCUUCUUUGCAGCCCGUUAUGUCGGAAAGAAUAAUAGACUGCAAUUUUAGUAAAUGGGGUUGAAAGACUGAUUUUAGAAAUUCUAAAAAUAAACGUAUUUAUAUUGAUAAUCCUAUCGCGUUCAGUUUCUCG